UCUUUGGCUUCAUGCAGAAGAAGCAGCAGCUGCAGCAUGUCUUGGCCUGCUCUGUACACUCAGCUGCUCCGGGCCAACCAUCACUCCACCAGUCUGGGUAAAGUGUGGCUCUCUGUGCUCUUCAUCUUUCGGGUCCUGGUGCUGGUGGUGGCUGCAGACAGCGUGUGGGGGGACGAGCAGACGGACUUCACCUGUAACACACUGCAGCCGGGCUGUGAGAACGUCUGCUACGAUCAGUUCUUCCCUGUCUCCCACGUGCGUCUCUGGUGUCUCCAGCUCGUCUUCGUCUCCUCUCCAACUCUUCUGCUCGUCAUGUAUGUGUCCUAUCGCAACUACAAGGACAAGAAGAGGCUGCUGCAGGGUUCUGGAAGAUCUUUUCUCAACAACAGAACCAAGGAGGAAGAGUUGGAGGUCCUGAAGAAGAGGAGACUCCCGAUAUCUGGCGCUCUCUGGUGGACGUACGCGUGCAGCCUGGUGUUCAGGCUGCUGUUUGAGGGAGGCUUCAUGUUCGCCCUGUACGUGGUGUACGACGGUUUCCAGAUGCCACGGCUGGUGCAGUGCGACCAGUGGCCUUGUCCCAACCUGGUGGACUGCUUCAUCUCACGGCCCACAGAGAAAACCAUCUUCAUCGUCUUCAUGGCCACCGCCUCGUCCAUCUGCGUCAUCCUCAACAUGGUGGAGCUGGUCUAUCUGGUUGCCAAGGCCGUCACUAGGGGUGUCGGUGGUCGGAGGGAAAGGAAAUCAUUCCGCAGAUCCAGAAGAGAGAAGACGCAGAAUAAGACAAACCAGAAUUUACUUAUCUCAACCUGAGGUCGCAGCCACAAGGUGGACGACACACACACGAGAGAACCACGUCCCAAAGACUCAAAACUAUUCAAGGCUGCAAAUACGUGGAAUAAAUGUGAAGUUGAGUGAAA